GUUAUGAUUCCGAAGCCAGAUCGUGCUAGCCGGCCAUCACAUUAAUUCAGCCAACUAGAUAAACCAAAACUUCAACUAAUUAAUUGUUUCCAAGUUCACCAAGAGAGGCAUAAAAACUCUUCGAUUUCCUGUCUCAUUUCAAUUCUCAAUUCGGAACAUGGCAACGACUUCGAUUCACAGAUUGUUGAAUAUAGUGUUUCCUCUUACGAUAAUCAUUUCAAUCCUAGUAAUCUUACCGCCAUACCUCGUGUUCAAGUUGCUAAGUUACAUAAAAAGAUCUAUGUUCACUGAAAAUGUGGCUGGAAAAGUUGUGCUCAUCACUGGAGCAUCUUCUGGCAUUGGUGAGGGUCUUGCAUACGAGUAUGCUAGACGAGGAGCUAGAUUAGCCCUUGUUGCAAGAAGAGAAGACCGUCUUAGAGAAGUCGCCGAUAAAGCCCAUGAGCUGGGUUCACCGGAGGCUUUUGUCAUCCGCGCUGAUGUUGCCAAAGUUGAAGAUUGCAAACGUAUUGUAGAUGAGGCAGUGAACCACUUCGGUCAACUGGAUCAUUUGGUUAGUAACGCCGGGAUUUUGCGGGCUGAGUUGUUCGAAAAUUGCAAGCUGUCUGAUUUCGCUCCUAUCUUGGAUGUCAAUUUCUUGGGGGCAACAUAUUGCGCUCGCUUUGCUAUUCCAGUCCUGAGGAAAAGCAAAGGGAAGAUUGUUGCGAUUACAUCCGUGGCAGCAUGGUCACCAGCUCCAAGGGCAACCUUCUACAAUGCAAGCAAGGCAGCCUUGUUAAGCUUUUUUGAGACACUCAGAGUUGAAUGCGAUUCCCGUAUUGGUAUAACAAUAGUGCUUCCAGGAUUGAUCGAGUCAGAAAUGACUGUGCCUGAUUCACUGUCAAAGUUUCAAGCCAAGUUUCUCCCACCGAUUGAGUCAACAAGACAAUGUGCCGAAGCAAUUGUGCAUAGCGCUUGCCGUGGCGACAUGUACUUGACAGAGCCAUCUUGGUCGAAUGCUCUUUUUAUGCUCAAGCUGCUAUGUCCUGAAUUAUUUGACUGGUUUUAUCGUUGGAAUUUUAUGAGUGGACCUAAGAUUGAUCAGCUGUAAACAUUGAAAACCUGAAACAACUAUCUUCUGAAAAUUGAUGAGCCAAGUGCACUGUGAUAUUUUGUAUCUUAUCUUUUUAAGCUCAAAUAAGAUUUUCCUAGCUUUCGUGGGCAAUGUUAGAUGCUGUUACAAGAUUUUAUAAUAAAGUUAGAAAAUUAAAGUGUUUUUCAAGAAA